AUGGAGGUUAUGCGUGAUUCGCGAGGGCCAAAAGCGGCAGGAUUUGAUUCCGGCAUACGUAAGCGAGUGAUUAGAAUUUGGGAGAAGGGGAAACUGUUGGAAAGCGAGAGAUCUGGAGAUCUGCGUCUUGUCGGAUGCCUCUCAUGGCGUCGUCCGGACACAUCUCUCUCCUCGGCGGAUUUUGUGCCACUGCCAUCUUGUUAUUUCUCCUUCUUCUUUCUUGCGUUCACCUCUUCGCACGAUAUUUCCUCCCAUUAUCGCCCUCGUGUGUCCACCAGAUCUUCUCUCGCAGUCCCAGCUUCUCAGAAGAUCUCAUUCUACCUCCUGGGGUCAGAUGUUCCGUGGUCCGUCUCCGCGGCCGGCUCUCUGAAUUUCAUUCGCCUUGCACAGGCUGCAGAUUCCUCAGAUUCAGAUCUCUAG